AGGGUAGCGUGACAUCUUCUUCAUCAGUCUGUCAAAUUCCAAAAAUCAAUCAAUCAUGUUUUUGUCGGUGCGUGAUUUCCUCCGCCUUCUCACUCAACCCAUCCAAUUCAUCAAAUGCAAAACAUGAAUUUUACACUCUUCACUCAUUCACACCCCCCAUUUACACUAAUUUAGGGCUUUCGUAGCCCAAGUUCAAAGAAAGCAAUGCUGGGUGGUAGCAAAGCCAUGUUCAGUUUCCUCACCAGAAAAGAUGUUAGAAAGAUUCUCAAGCGCAAAGACAGUGAUGCUGGUGAAAAAGGAAGAGCAAUGGAGGAACUACGAGCUUCUUUAUUUAGCAAGUUACGUCGUCAACACCAAUCCUUGUUGGGACCCACCCUUGCUCUUACGUUCAACUUUGUCGCGUCUGUUAGUAUUAUCUUGAUGAAUAAAUUGGUACUUGUCAAAGUUGGGUUCAAUUAUCCGAUCUUUCUCACUUUCAUCCACUACAUUUGUAGCUGGUUGAUAAUGGCCCUAUUAAAGGCGUUAUCUAUCCUUCCUCCGCCCCCUUCUUCAAAGUCGACCAAAUUUUCGUCAUUGCUCGGUCUUGGUAUAGUCAUGUCGCUUUCUACUGGUUUGGCUAAUGUUAGUUUGAAGUUCAAUAGUGUCGGUUUUUAUCAGAUGGCUAAGAUCGCAGUAACUCCGGCAAUUGUUUUGGCCGAAUUCAUGCUCUACCGCAAAAGAAUAUCUUUCCAAAAGGUGCUUGCACUAACUGUAGUGUCAAUUGGUGUUGCGGUCGCUACAGUGACGGAUUUGCAAUUCCACUUUUUUGGUGCGUGUAUAGCAGUUGCUUGGAUAAUACCAAGUGCAACUAAUAAAAUACUGUGGUCAAACCUUCAACAACAGGAGAGCUGGAAUGCGUUGGCGUUAAUGUGGAAGACUACACCCAUCACUGUAUUUUUCCUAGUGAUGAUGAUGCCAUCACUCGAUCCACCUGGCGUCCUUUCCUUCGACUGGAGCUUCUACAAUUCCUCUAUUAUCGGAGCUUCCGCAAUACUCGGCUUCUUGCUUCAGUGGUCUGGUGCUCUUGCACUCGGGGAAACAUCGGCAACAACUCAUGUUGUUCUUGGACAGUUCAAAACAUGUGUGAUUCUUCUAGGAGGUUUCAUUCUGUUUGGUUCUAACCCAGGAUCAACGAGCAUAUGUGGUGCGGUUACGGCUCUAGCCGGUAUGUCGUUCUACACGCACCUUAACCUCCGGCCACAUCAACAGUCAAUGAAAACGUCUUCCAAACAAUCGUCUUUACCAAAGUCUAAGCUCAGUAGAGAAAACGUAGACGUUCUUGAUCAUGCCAACCAUGGAGACGAAUCCGUCUAACAACUCGUAUGGAUAAACAAAAAAAAAAAAAAAAAAACAGUUUACUAUAAUUGAUUAAAUUCAUUUGUUCACAAUUCCUUUUCAUGUUGUUUUCUUUUUCCUUUUUUUUUUCUUGGUGUUUUAGACUGCUUUAGGAUGAUGUAAAUUGAGUUAGCAUAGUUAUGGCUAGUUAGCUACGGUGCAUAACUGGUUUCAAUGUGACUUGCAUUGGAUCGCGAAUAUGUAUCGCUUAGUGUAUAUAUGUGUUAUGUUAACUGGCUGAUAUGUUAUUUCAACAUCUAUAGCAAAUAUCAUUUCCCCA